AUGGUGCGAUGCGACCGCGGGCUGCAGUUGCUGACCACGGCCGGAGCCUUCGCCGCCUUCUCGCUCAUGGCCAUCGUCGGCCCGACCUACUGGCUCUACUCCAGCGCGCACAUCUGCAACGGCACCAACCUCACCAUGGACGACGGGCCCCCGCCCCGCCGCGCCCGCGGGGACCUCACCCACUCGGGGCUGUGGCGGGUGUGCUGCCUCGAAGGGAUCUACCGAGGACACUGCUUCCGGAUCAACCAUUUCCCAGAGGACAAUGACUAUGACCAUGACAGCUCUGAAUAUCUGCUGCGCAUCGUGCGUGCCUCCAGCAUCUUCCCCAUCCUCAGCACCAUCCUGCUGCUGCUGGGCGGGCUGAGCAUCGGUGCCGGGCGCUUCUACAGCCGCAGAAACAACAUGGUGCUGAGCGCUGGCAUUCUCUUCGUGGCUGCAGGCCUCAGUAACAUCAUAGGCAUCAUCGUCUACAUCUCCAGCAACACAGGGGACCCCAGCGACAAGCGGGACGAGGACAAAAAGAACCAUUACAACUACGGCUGGUCCUUCUACUUUGGGGCGCUGUCGUUCAUCGUGGCCGAGACCGUGGGCGUCCUGGCUGUCAACAUCUACAUAGAACGAAACAAGGAGCUGCGCUGCAAGACACGCAGGGAGUUCCUGAAGGCUCCCACGUCCUCCUCGCCCUACUCACGGAUGCCCAGCUACCGCUACCGUCGAAGGCGCUCCCACUCCAGUUCAGGCUCCACCGAGGCCUCCCCGUCACGGGACGCAUCCCCCCUGGGCCUGAAGCUGGCAGGUGCCAUCCCCAUGGGCGAGCUUUCCAUGUACACGCUGUCCCGGGAGCCACUCAAGGUCACCACGGCCGCCAGCUACAGCCCUGAGCGGGAUGCGAGUUUCUUGCAGCUCCAUGACUUCUUCCCGCAGGAACUCAAGGCUGGCCUGCAUGUCAGCAUGCUGAACCGGCGGACCACCCCCGUGUGAGCACCCCCUCGGACCCAGGAUCCCCCCCAAAACAACAAAAAAUACUCCUGCUGACACCAACACAACACAACACCCCUGCUACCCCCCAACCGAGCACUGAAGUCCACCCCAGCGCACUGGACUGACUACAUUAUGAGCACUGGGGCUGGCAUGGUGGGAAAUGAAAGGUUUGACUUUAUCCCUGGCCCCCCAGUCCCCCCAAUGUGGAGGGUUUUCAGCCUGCCCCUCUCUCCCUGGGUAUCCCCCAUGUGUCCCAGGAGGCCCACUAGCUCUCCCCGAAGCUCACAUGGGCUGGACCAUACUGCCUUUGAGAAGUAGAUUUUUGCCAGGAAAAGGGGGUACAAAAAAGGAUGAAAAGUCCCCAGCUGGACAUGGACUAUAUUAGGGGGUUCUGAGGGAUCCUAAAAUGAUCUGAGGUUCUCGCGUGUGUGUGAGCUCGAUGCAGGGAAACCCCACUUCCCCGCUAGGCUCCCCACGACCCCGUCUCUCUGGCAGUGGCUAGCAGUGGCCUCCUCAGAGCCUGGUACCCCAAUACUAGGCUGUGCCCCAGGACACCGAGGCCAGUGGGGAAAUUGACAGGUAUUAGCAGCUUCCCAAGCCCGUCUCCCCAAAAGGGCAGAGUCCCUGAGAGUCCAGAACAUUCUACAAGGCAGAGGCAAGGUAGCCAUAGCCUUUCACCGCAUUCCUGCCCAGAGGCCUGAGGAGCAGCCCUGUUCCCCCCAACCCCUGGCCCCCAUGAGUUUUGGGCCACACAGAGCCUCAACUGCUGUGCCAGAUGGGGGUGGAGCACCCUAGGGAUCUCCCAACACCCCUUCCUGGGUGGUUCUUUAUGGUGGAUAAGAUUAACUCCAGGGGGCAAAUCUUCGUACCCAGCUCCCUCCCCCACUUUGUAAUUUAUUCUGCACCCCGACCCCCCAAGGGCUCAGGAGGAGUUUGGAUGAAGGCCCCCAAGCCUGCUCUGCUUCCUCCUCAGGGGGAAGGCUCCGCUCUUCCAUGGUGGAUGGGGGUCCAACCGUGUCUCCCCUCCCCAGCAGCCGGGGUUUAAAAGGAACCUCGAGAACAUGGAGCCCCCCCCCCCCCAUUUUCUAUGACUCGCGCGCUUUCUAAAGGGAAACCUUUUCUUACUUUUGGAGACUUUGUGGUCCCAUCCUCCACAGCUGUCUGUGAGCCCUUGGAGGUGAGCGGCCAGUUCUUACCUCAGCCACCUGCUCACGAGCCCCAGGGGUCCCUGAGUUCAGGACCCUGGUCAUGGCCAAGUUCCCCUGGCCCCUCCGAUGGGCCACGUUGAGGUCUGUCCAUGCCCUGGGCUGAGCCGCGCCUGUGCCAGCACUGACACUGGGGCCCCUGCUGUCAUGUCACGUCUGGCCUACCCCUGCCCUUCACCUCUUCCGCCAGGCCCCAGGAAAUCUGUGGAUCACUCCCACGAGGCCUGAGACACUCUCUGUCUCCCCAGACGAGACAGCCUUGUGCCUCCCUUCCUUCCCCAAAUGUGUAUUAUUCGAGAAGGCUGGUUUUACCUGCAGAGGUGUACCCAGGGCAGGACAGGGGGCUUCAGUGCCUCUAGAUUCUGCCAGCCCUGGGUGAGCCCACCUCUGUGCUCCACCCACUAGGCUUCCUCUUCUGCUCUCUUCUCUCUCCCCUUCACCUGUUCUCCCUUCACCGCUGCCUCUUCUCUUUCCCCCAUCUCCUCUCCUGCCUCCCUCCUCCUCCCCUUUUCCCUCUCCUCUUUUCCCCUUUUCUCUUUCCUUACCCUCCUCUCUCUCCUCUCUCCUCUUCCCAGAUCUCUUCUCCUUCCUCCCUCCCCUCUUCCCUCCUCCUCCUUUCCUCUUCCUCCACCCCUCUCCCCUCUUUCCUCUCCCUCCUCCUCCUUUCCCUAUUCUCUUCCCCAUCCUUUCUUCUUCCUCCCUCUAGCCAGGGUUCUGGAGGUUCGGCCUUGCUUUCCCCUCACCCCGAAGCCUUGUGCCCACCUGGGCUUGUGCUUAUCUGCGCCUGCCUUCUCAUCCUCCUCUCAGCUCACCACCCCCGUGUGUCCCCCCCUCCCCCACUUAAGCACCUGUGACUUCUGUAUCUACUGCUGGUUGGGGUUGUUCGUUCUGUCUCUCUUUUUUUUUUUAAUUAAAUAAAAAUGUUUUUAAAA